AUGUUAUGUUGUAAAAUGACUGGCGUUUGGUUAUUCUCUGUUAGUGUAUCAGUAACUCACCAUGGUAGAAAGGUGAAGGCUCGCAAAAGACCUGAUCUUGGAAUACCUUACAAGCAAGAGUACCUGGAUAUCUAUAUUUACCCAUUUGGUGAUCAUGCUUUUGAAGUGUCGCACGAUAGUGCACUCAGGUUUAUGAUUUCAUCUGGCAUUUUUGCUUUUAAGUGGCCCCUUUUAUCUCAAAUCAUGGAUGGUAAGGCAGUGAAAGUCCAGGGAGUCACGUGGAGGGCAAUCAUCUGGAUCGACAAAAAGCCAUGGGUCUCGUCAGUUCGUAGGGUCCUGUCGGGCUCCCCUUAUCAAAAGCAACUCCCGAGCUGGUGCGCGUGCUUUCCCUUCCUGGUCCAUGUGAAGUGUGCAUUCCACUCCACUCCUGGUAUUCUUUUCCAUUAGAUAAGUUUAGUUACGGGAUAUGAAGGCCCCAAAGAGUAAUUUGGUGAGACUAGCUCUUAGCCUCCUCUUACAACACUAAAAUUAAAAGCUUCGAAAGCCCAACACGCCGAUUUCGAAAGAGUAAAUCACUUCCGGUCGCGCGAGAUCAAAGUUAUAGACGACCUUUGCUCGUGCACGUCGAGGCGAUUCGGUCCGGGUCCUUAUCCCCAAGCUUUUAACUUUUCUGGUUUCGUAAGUCUUGUCCCCGCUCCUCAUCCAUAUUAGGGGAUGAUAACGAUGGCUGAAUUCAAUAGGAGUUUU